AUGGACUGUAUAGAUUGGGAAGGAGCAGUAGCACUUCAGCCGUUUGCACACCAAGUCGCGGGACACUGUAGCAUGAUGAAAUUUGACGACCAGACUAUAUGUAAACCAUUGAUAUCAAGAGAAUAUAAUUUUUAUGAAUCGCUACCCAACGAUAUAAGUCAAUUUACUCCGCAAUACAGAGGUACAAUGUUGGGUGAAGAAGACUGUCUUGUUGGAUCUCCCAAAGCUGUUCGUUUUGGAGGAGAAGUAACUGAUGUACUUCGAAAGUACAAUGAGGGUUGUCAUAAAGAUUAUGAUCUUCUGACACUACAGUUAGCUGAUCCAGACAUAAAGCCAAACAGUCUAAUUUGUUGGCUGAAAGAAUUAAAAGGAUGCGUCUCUCAUCUCUCAAGAGAGUUUGAAAGUCUAGUAGCAGUUCUACUGAAAAUAGAAUGGGUGGAUAAAGAUGACAGUAUUGCUGCUGAGUACAUAUCUCUACUGACUCACCUUGUAUCGGCGCAAACGUUCUAUCUACGAGCUGUUCUGAGAAUGUUGAUUAAACAUUUUAUGCCAAAAUUUCCAGCACCAGAAGGCAUAACAGAAGAAAAAGAAGCUAUCUGUUUUCAGCGCACACAUUGUGCAUUGAAAUCUAUCAUUCAUAUUGCACCAAUGACACCAACUAUACUACCAGAAACAUGUUCUGAAUGCUUUCCUUACAUGAAGAAAGAAACGCACAUACAGGAAUGCUAUGUGAAAAACUUACUUGAACUCAUCGGAUAUCUUCCUAAUAUGCGGGCUUCAAUACUGCAACUGAUAGUAGAAAAGAUGACAAAAAUCGAUGUCCAUGCCCCAAAACAUGAAUUAAACCAAAUUGCUGCUGAGGAGGAGGAAGAUGAAGAUGAGGAAGACGACUUGAUGGAGGAAGAUAUGCAGUUUGAUAUGGAUGAGUUAGACGGAAUAGAAAAUGAUAAAGAUACUGCAAAAGAGAAAGACUGUACAGGAGAUGAGGCAGAGAAUGGUGGACCAAUGACACAUGAGAUGGCUGAUAGAUUAGAUGUGAUGAUGAAUUUAUUAUUUAAAUACACAUUCAGUGUAUGCCAUCCACAAGGUAUUUUCAAAAUGGAGCCAACAAGGUUGCUGUGGAAACAGUUUCUUGGUAUAUUCAACAAGAUUAUUUUACCCACCCAUGGUUCCUGUCACAUUCAGUAUAUUAUGUUUUAUAUGUGUAGUUUUAAUCAGAAUAUAGCUGAUGCAUUCAUUGACUUUCUGUGGAAAAAGAUUCAGAAUCCAGAUACUGCUGCCAUCCUUAGACAGUCAUCAGCUUCCUUCAUUUCCAGUCUCCUGUCCAGAGCAAAAUUUAUUCCCCUUUCUACUGUGAAGGCAAUGUUUGAUGUAUUAAUACCCUGGAUUCAUAAAUACAUUGAUAGACAAGAAGGAAGUAGUAGAUCAUACCCUGAUGUUAAUUUACAUGGACCAUUCUAUUCUGUGUGCCAGGCAGCAUUUUAUAUUUUUGUAUUUCGACACAAGCAACUCUUGGAAACCAACAAAGGACUGAACUAUGUAAGAAGUCUGAAUUUCGACAGAAUCGUAACUUGUCGGUUGAAUCCUUUGAAAGUAUGCUUACCAACUGUAGUCAAUAUGUUUGCAACUAUUACAAGAAUGCAUCAGAUAGUGUAUUGUUACACUGUUAUUGAACGCAACAACCGAACACUACUUCCAGUGGUAACACAGAGCCAUAAUACCAAUGUUUUAACCAAUGUGAAUCCCUUGGACUCGUACUUCCCGUUUGAUCCAUACCUACUCAGCAGAUCAAAAAAGUAUAUUAAACCCAUCUACCAAGAAUGGGAAGGUACAUUACCGGAAGAACACCCAAAGAUGAUGUGGGGGGAAUGCCCAUAAUAAUUUAUUGGGUUGUGUUUGCCCCCCCCCC